AUGCGCACCGCCGGCGAUGAACGAGAGCGCUCACCACACCCCUAUGCCCGCCGUGGCCGCCGAGCUGCCAAACCCGAAGAGAGCAGCAACUACCACACUCCAACCAACCUGUCGAGCGAGAGCGGCACCGAGGCCGACGAUGAGCGACCGUCCCAAUACUUGAAGGCCCUUCCACCGCCUUCUUUACGGCCUGCCAAAGGACUGCGACAGGAAGAUGGUUCGCCGACCCCACUGCUCACCCCCUCGCAACUCGACAACCAAGGCCGCCGCUUAUCCGAGGGCUACUUUGAUCACAAACCGGCGCAGACGCCAACAGAACAUGCAGAAGAAGAUGAGCUGCUGCUCGCCCGACGGCUGUUUGAAAAGAGGAGGAGAGCCGAACGCAUCCGUCGCAUCUCUGAGGGCGCUCUGCUUGCUGUCAUUGGGCUGAUCAUCACACUUGCUCCCUCGGUGACACAUGCUCUCUGGAACUGGCAUCGAGGUAAUCUAGCAGUUUUGAACUCGUCAAGGCAGCCACUGAUGCUUUGCAGUANNGAGGUCGCCUCUCAAUUGGCCAUCGUUGCCCUCCUGAUUGCCGUAUACCCUGUGAGGGUUGUAAUCUUCUCUCCCUCCGACGACACAACCCGUCCCAGGUGGCGCCGCUUCCGAGUGCCCGCCUCUUUCGAUCCUGCCUCGAUACUGUAUCCUACCUUUGUUCCCGUCCUGAUCGCCCUUUCUUUGCUCCCCCAAUACCCUGCUCUACUAUUACCGAACCUAAUCCUGGGCCUGGCUUCCCUACCGCCACGUCUCUUUCCGCCUCUAUCUCGUCUCAAGGACAUCAACACGCUCCAUUGGAUUGUUUCCAUCACUCCGCUCAUCUUCUCCGAGAACACCGAGCUGCCCUCUUCGGCAUAUCCUCCUUCACCGUACAAGCUCAAGGCAAGCCAGCCUCCCUUCUUGCAGCCUGAGCUCCUUACUCUGCUAUAUCCUCUCCAUCAGGCUUUGUUGCCCCCGCUACACUAUCUAACCACAACCAGUCUCUUGGCGGCUGAGAAGCAUCUUCUAUCGGCUGGACUAAUUAAUCUUCUCCUUUUCGCAACCUCGCCCCAGACUGUUAUUCUGCGUGCUCUCCUAUGGAUCGGAGGCGUCUGGAGUCUCGUACUAUGUACUCAUGUCGCACGCUGGAAUGUAGCUCUUGCGCGUGUCCCUAGAUGGAGAUUUCGACGAACCGCCUCCAAAUCCGGUCGGUCGCCUUAUGCAAAGAACGAUCUUCUUUCCCGCCUUACGAAAUGGGUUUAUCCCUUCACGCGCUAUCAGAACGAUGACAGCGAUGCCGAUGAGGAUGUUCCACUCCAAAAAAUCCAGUCUCAAUCUCGCAAGACCCACAAACUUGGUAUCAGUAUCAGCACCAUCUUGGCUGACCACGACUUUUACGAACCAAAAUCAGCAGCUGAAGCAAAUCCACCACCUCAUAGAGAUUCGGUUGUGGAUGCGAAUGACUUCUCUAGGAAAAGGAGACACACCAUCGCCAGUAUGGAUGUUCCCACUUCAUUGCUUGACAACACUCCAAGUGCAGCUGCUCAACGCAGACAUCGUCGACUGCGCGAUUGGCACCUGAACUUGACGCCUGAAGGUGCGUUCAUGUAUAAAUGGGCAUAUGCCAUUUACAUCUUUACGACCAUUGCCUUUGUCAUUCUGGUCCCGGUACGCAGAACGAUUUCAGAUGCUGCUAUAAAUUCAGCAGAGCCUAUCAUCUGGGCUUUUGAGUAUCUCUUCCCAGACAUUCCCACAUUCUUCAAUGCUUUCUCAUCCAGGGUCGAUCGCAUCGCUUACAAAGAUGAGAUUUUGCAAAACCUGUCGUUGCAUGGAUCUUCCGUUCCUGGUGUGAGAGCCGCGGUGGGUGCAGCCAAUACACGGCUUCUCAUCGUUGCAUAUUGGGCCGCUGUCCUCUGUGUCGGUUUGAUUGCAGUCUUGCGUCUGACUCCCUUCAUCGAAGUGGACACAAGGCGAAAAGUCUUUCACGCGGUCAUGGUUACCAUGCUCUUGCCGUCCAUCUUUGUAGACCCUUGCUUUUGCUCUCUAGCCCUCGGACUUGUCCUCGCCAUCUUCUUGAUCCUGGAAAUCAUCCGCGCCGGCCAAGUUCCUCCGCUGGGCAUUGCCAUUGGCAGAUUUGUCGCGCCAUAUGUCGACGGCAGAGACUUGCGCGGUCCUAUGGUCGUCAGCCACGUUUUCCUUCUCAUCGGCUGUGCUAUUCCUUUGUGGCUCUCUCUUGCUGGCAUCGGCAGGACAAAAUCUGGCCGCUGGCCUGGUUGGGAAACCGAGAACGAAACCCGCGAAGUGGCAAUGGUGGCGGGAGUCAUUUGCGUGGGCAUGGGCGAUGCAGCAGCAAGUCUGAUCGGUAGACGCUUUGGUCGCUGCAAGUGGCCUUGGAUAGGCGGCAAGAGUCUCGAGGGCAGUGGCGCUUUUGCUGUUGCCGUUACCAUUGGAUUGUUGCUCGCCAAGGCGUGGGUGAGGUUUGGAGGUUGGCCUGAAGUGUAUCAAGUUCCUGGUACCACUACUUCUUCUCUGUUGCCUGUAUACAUGGGCUUUUGGGGUAUAGAGGCUGUCAAGAUGUUUGUUUGUGGCUGCGGCGCUUCGUUCAUGGAAGCUGUGCUUACGGGGGCCAACGACAAUGUUGUCGUGCCUGUCGCUUUGUGGCUGUUGGUCAAAAGUAUGGGUAUCUAG